AUGAGUGAAGAAAAUUCAACACGAAUUGUAACUCCAAACGAAGAAGAAGUUUUUCCCGCAACAAAACCUGAUAUUAUCAUGCGCAUGUAUAAAAAAGAACUAGAAGAAAAAGAAUUACUCGAAAAAUUUCAAAAAUUCGUUACUACACCUAUAAUACCAAUAUUCAAAGCUCAUGUCGAAGAAAUCAAAAAUGUACAAGGAAUUGCCGAUCUUAUUGUUCAUGGAAGAAAAACUCUGGAAAUUAAGGAAAAAGUUCUGCUAGAGUUCGAAGAAAACAUCAAACCUGGCAACCUUGUAGGUCCAAUUGGUAACUGGAGUGCAUUAGUACCACAAAUUGUUCACGAUUUCUUAUUAUUCUUUCAUCAUUACUAUUUAUUCGCGGAUCAGUUCCUUGGAUUGGGUAUAGAGUACUCAGAAGUUCAAGGUAUAUUCGAUAAACUACCCGAACAAAUCGGAUUUCCAAUUGAUAAAAUUUUAAUAUAUUUCGUACGUUAUCCAGUUCGUUUUAAAGCACGAUUACAAGCUCUUCAAAACGCUACAGAACCUGCGCAUGCUGAUUUUAAGAAAAUCGGAGGUUUAAUCGAUCAAAUCAACGCUGGACUUUCAAAAAUUGAUUCAGCUACAUCAGAUGGACAUCCGCCGAAGAUACAAACCUAUGAUUUAGCAUUUAAAUCCAAUAAUUGUCCAUACGGAUGCAUGGUUUCUGUUACAUCAGCUACUCCUAACUUAGUUAAGGAGCCAACUAAAGGAUUAGUUAUAUCAAAGAUAUCAGCUAAAAGCCAAACAAACGAUACUCAAAUCCAAGCUGAAAUUGAGGCGAAUAAAAUUACAAAACACCGAAAUGUCAUGAAAAUGAUAGCUCUCCUUGAAGAUGAACUAUUUUGGUAUAUUCUUUGGCCAGAUACAGACGGUUAUACGCUCAAAGAUCUCAUUUCAAACCAAAAGAAUAUUAUUGAAGAGGCUGCAAGGCCAAUCUUUAGACAAAUGAUGCUUGCUCUUCAACAUAUACAUAGUUGUGAUAUUGUUCUAAAUAAUAUCACUCCGAAAACUAUUGUUUUUUACAAAAAUACUGUCAGAUUUACAAACUUUUCAACUUGUAGAUUUGCAGAGAAGUCAGACAUGAACGAGACAUAUUUCCUUAGGACUCCUUACGCGUCACCAGAAAGUUUCACUAAGAAACCAUAUAAUGGAAUGCUCAGUGAUAUUUGGUCAUGCGGAGUUAUUCUCUACGAAAUGCUUUCAGGAAAAUAUCCAUUUGGAGGAAGUUCCCACGAACAAUUUGCAGAGAAAGUUAAGAAAGGAAACGUGAUUUAUCCGAAAGCUUUCUCUAGCCAAGUCAUUCAGCUGUUGAAAGGAAUUUUCUCAACUGUUCCUAGUGAAAGAUUCUCAAUUGAACAGAUACUUUCACAUCCUUGGCUGCUGAAGACUGAAGAAGUUCCUAUUUCAAAUAUUUGCAAGGUUGGUUUUGCAAAAAAGCAAUAA